CGCAGUCCCAGAGAGAGGUCCCGACGAAGCGGUGGCGGCGGAGGAGGCGGUGAUCGCAAUGACCGCAAACGCGACGAUCGCCGCAAAGUGGAGGACAUUAUUGAAGUGAAUUACGAGACCUUCGAUAAAGACGAACAGCAGAGGAAGUUAGAGGUCCUGAUGCAGGAGCGCAGGGAAAGGGUCGAGAAGUGGCGACAAACACAUAAGGGAGUCAACAACGCGUCCACCGAAGCCGACGAGACAGACGUGAAACCCGAAGAGACCGCCGAAGAGCUGGAGGUGAAGAAGACGUGGACUCUGGAGGACGAGAAUGAGGACGAAGACAACGAAGUGGUGGCCAUGGAUUUGGAGGAAGACGAAGAGCCGGAGAUUCAACCGCCGCCUAAACGCGUCGAUGACACUGAGGAAGUGUUGAGUAAAUUAAAGGUUAAGCCGAUUGAAAAGCCGGUUAAAGCCGAAGUGAAGAUCAUUCCUCCAGAGCCGGAACCGGAUGACGAUAUCGAUCCGUUGGACGCAUAUAUGCAGGGAAUUCAGGAUGAGGUGAAGAAAAUGCGAUCAAAAACAGUGAAAUCUAACGCAAAGGACAACAAAGUAACUCUUGUGGUGGGAAUCGCUAAGAAAGCGGUCCAACAAAACAAAGGCGAACUCAUUGAGCAAAAUAUGGACGCUUUGGAGUACUCUUCGGAAGACGAGGGCAACAAAGAGGACGAAUUGGCGAAUGUUAUGGACUCUCUUCAGAAUAAGGCUAAACAGAAGAAGUUGAUGACCAUCUCGAAGGACGACAUCACAUACCAGUCCUUCGUAAAGAACUUUUACAUCGAAGUCCCAGAAUUGGCGAAACAGACUCCCGAAGAAGUGGAGGCCUUUAGAGCCGAAAUGGAGGGCAUUAAAGCCAAAGGCAAGGGUUGCCCCAAACCAAUCAAAACAUGGGCGCAAUGCGGGGUCAGUAAAAAAGUUUUGGAAGUGCUUAAGAAGAAUAACUACGAGAAGCCGACACCAAUUCAAUGUCAGGCGAUUCCAGCCAUAAUGUCGGGCAGAGAUCUGAUUGGUAUCGCCAAAACAGGUUCGGGCAAAACGUUGGCAUUUCUAUUGCCAAUGUUGCGGCAUAUUAUGGAUCAGCCGCCGCUCGAGUCGGGCGACGGACCCAUCGCUGUCAUAAUGACGCCGACCCGAGAGCUCGCGACACAGAUUUGGUCGGAAUGUAAACGCUUUUCAAAACCGCUUAAUCUACGAGUGGUUGCCGUUUACGGCGGAACUCCUAUUUCCGAACAAAUAGGAGAACUGAAACCGGGGGCCGAAGUGGUUGUGUGCACUCCGGGCCGUAUGAUCGAUAUGUUGGCCGCCAACUCGGGUCGCGUCACGAAUCUGAGGCGCUGUACGUACUGUGUUUUGGACGAAGCGGACCGUAUGUUUGACAUGGGUUUUGAACCCCAAGUGAUGCGGAUUAUUGACGGCAUUCGUCCCGACAGACAGACCGUCAUGUUUUCGGCCACUUUUCCCCGCAUUAUGGAAGCGUUGGCCCGAAGAAUAUUAGACAAACCCAUUGAAGUGCAAGUCGGCGGCCGUUCUGUGGUCUGCAAAGAAGUGGAACAGAAUGUGAUUGUCAUCGACGAGGACGAGAAGUUCCUCCGCUUAUUAGAGAUUUUAGGUCGGUUUGCAGUGGAAGGCAGUGCUAUUGUAUUUGUGGACAAACAAGAAAACGCCGAUAUGUUGCUCAAGGAGUUAAUGCACGCCUCGUAUAGCUGUCUGGCACUUCACGGAGGGAUCGACCAAAACGAUAGGGACUCGACGAUUGUCGACUUCAAGAACGGCAAAGUGAAUGUAUUAGUGGCCACUUCGGUGGCGGCCAGAGGUCUCGACGUAAAGCAUUGCAUUGUUGUCAUUAACUAUGACUGUCCUAAUCAUUACGAAGACUACGUCCACCGAUGCGGCCGAACGGGUAGAGCGGGUAAUUCGGGUCACGCCUACACUCUGAUCACUCCCGAACAGGGAAGGUAUGCCAAUGACCUCAUCAAAGCGUUUGAGUUGAGCGGUAUCGCAGUGCCGGCCGAACUCCAGAGCCUAUGGGAGAGCUAUAAACUCGGACAGGAAAUGAUUGGCAAGAAAGUGAGGGCUUCUUCGGGAUUUAGCGGUAAGGGCUUUAAGUUCGAUGAGGCGGAGGCACAGCUCACCAACGAGAAGAAGAAGUUCCAGAAGGCGGCGCUCGGACUGCAAGACUCGGACGACGAGGACCCCGAAGCCGACAUCGAUCAGGAGAUUGAGAAUAUGUUGGCGCCCAAGAAGUCGACCAAAUCGGUGCCCAUUUUGUCGUUGACAUCGACGAGUGCCGCCACUCCGACCGCCACUUCGGUCAGCGACAAGACGGUGGCCGAGAAGCUGGAAAUGGCCAAACGUAUGGCCUCUAAAAUCAGUGUGAAUAUUGCAGGAAAGGCCACUUCGCAGACGGAGGCCUUCCUGAAGGGAGAAUUGGCCGGUUCUCUGAGUUUCUCGAACGCAUUCACCGCCAAAUCGAAGGCAGAACAGGUGGCCGAACGACUUCACGCUAAACUCAAUUACGUGCCCAAAGACGUGGAGUACAACGAAGACGGAGAUAUCAUCAGACGAGUGGAAGACGACGACACUAUCGGCCAAAAUAUUGGCCAACGCUUCGAAGAGGAGCUGGAGAUCAAUGAAUUCCCACAACAGGCGCGUUGGAAAGUGACCUCCAAAGAGGCGCUGGCGCUCAUCAGCGAGUACUCCGAGGCCGGCAUUACAGUGAGAGGAACUUACUUCCCGUCCGGCAAAGAGCCACAACUCGGGGAACGCAAACUGUAUUUGGCUAUUGAAGGCACGACCGAACUGUCCGUUUCUAAAGCCAGGGCUGAAAUCAUUAGACUUAUUAAGGAAGAGAUGGUUAAAAUGCAAAACGCUUACACUCCCAUCAAUAGGGGUCGAUAUAAAGUGGUUUAAUAAAUGGUACAACAAUUGUGUGAAUUCUUGUAAAUAUCAUAAGUUUUACACAAAUUUUUAUUUGUCGACGAUUUAUAAAAAU